AUGGUCAAGAAUGUACCGCUAAAUAAUCCAGCAAUGACCCGCUUAUGCCAGAUACCGGCACGGCACACUGGCAUUGCAAGUCUUUGCAUACAACUUAUUGGUCUGGUAAUGAGUGCAGCCCUCACACUAUAUCUAAUACUUCAUCUCUACGAUAUAACUAUUAAACAGCAAUCCAAAAGACCUGAAGCAGCAUAUCUUACGACUCUCAUCAAUAUAACAAAGAUGAAUGAAACAGAAGUAAGCGAAGACAUGAACCUGACAGAGAAAAUCAUUUGGGAUAGAAAUUCCAUUUCAGACGUGAAUGGAAAUGGCACGAUUGAUAAAACUAGACUUCAACUAGACCUUACUGAAUUGAUACAGAUAUCGACAGGCGUCUACACUGGAAUGUGCAUUCUAUGGCUACUUUCGCUUAUGUCAUUACUAGCAUCAAUCAAACUCGAAAGUCUGGAUUUAAUCAUCAUGAAUUCUGUGCUCCUAACCAUUGCUAUGAUUUAUGCCAUUACUCAUGCUCUCUUCGUCUCCAUACUUUUCGUAUACCACAAUCAAAUCCAAUGGACUACGCUUGCUAUAACAACUGCAGUUGUUCUUGGAUUUAUUCUAACUUCGAUUAUUUGCGGUUUUGCUCUUGCCUUCAACAUCGCGUGGCACAGAUAUGUGGUAUACAUGAACGAUAAUGACGAGUGUCUGUGUCUUUCGAUGACUGCACAUUUGUUCAAACGUCACCGACAACGACCAACACAAGGAUAUAGCAUCCCGGAUGCAACGCGACAUUCCUGUUUACCACAUGCUAACGAAUUAUCUGUCCACAAUUUCAGUCGUAUAUAA